AUGUCCCUGGAGGAGCAUCGGCCGCUGCUUCCGUCGGACAGCAUUCACUAUGCUUCUGAGACAACUUCAUCGACUCUAGCCAAAGCCCGUCGUCAGACCAAACGUUUCUUGGCUUCGAAGAUCGGCCACUACUCCAUCUUGCUCCUGGUGGCCCUGGAUGUCUCUUCCAUCUUUGCAGAUCUCGUGAUCUCCUCGCUGGCGUGUGAGGGCCAUAUACCACUCAAAGAUGCCGCCACCGCGACCGAAAUCCUCGGAGUCGUAAGCCUGGUCUUCUCCUGCCUCUUCAUGGUUGAGCUGCUCGCAAGUGUCUGGGCCUUUGGAUGGCAGUAAGUCCUUCUCGCAAUGCUAACCUCUAUCUCUAUCAAACACGAGCAUGAGUCUCAAGGUGUCAGAAAUUUUGUUCUACCUACCUUCGAGCCAGAAGCUUACAACGCACCACUCUCAUCGAAUGCCUUUUGGCCUUUCCUGCUCUCACGUCCUGAAUAUCCCACUGACGAUCCUCUCAGAUUCUUCCGCUCUCCUUUCCAUUGCCUAGACGCCUUCAUCAUCCUCCUGGGCUUUGUCCUCGACAUCCUUCUCCGCGGCACAACCCUCGAGGAAAUCGGCUCCAUAGUCGUCGUCCUCCGCCUCUGGCGUGUCCUGAAAAUCAUAGACGAACUCAGCGCAGGUGCAGCAGAGCAAAUGGAACCCCUCAAUCAAAGGAUCGAAGCACUCGAAAAGGAGAACAGAGACUUACGAGAAGCUCAAGAUCGACAGGUCUGA